AAGAAUGCAGGGAUGCUAGGGGCCUGGGAGAGUCGGGAGAUUCCUAGAGCGGACGGGGGGGAGCUUCUUUCUCCCCUCUCGCUGGCCGCCGGAGCAUCGAAGAGGGCCGACCUUGCCUCGCGCCAAAAGUGCGGCGGGGAAGCCUUGCAAAGAAACGUUGCAUGCAAGCGAGAGAGCGAGCAGCGAGGACCAAGGACCGAGAAGGAGGCGGGCUUGGCUCAAAAAUAAAGACCAAACAGAAUCAGGGAAACAUGGAUGCUAGCGAAGGGAAUUCAACCACUGGCUCAGUGAAGAAGAGAAAGUACUAUUGCUAUUUUAAGGACGAGUGGUGCAAAGAAGAGGCCUUCAAAGGCUGGCUUCACAAAGUGGACAUGGUGACAGCCGAAUGCAUUCUGUGCCAUCAGGGAUUCUCAAUAAAAUAUGAGGGAAGAGGAGCGGUGACCAGCCACGCAGACAGCUCCAAGCACAAAGAACUGGAGAAACAGCGUAAACAAAUGCCGGAAAUCCUGACCUUUUUCAACAAACCAAACUUCUCCCAAGAAGAUAUGGUGACGGCGGCGGAAGUUGGACAGGUUUACCACAGCAUUGUGCACCAUCUGAGCUACGCAAGCCAAGCUUGUGCGUAUAAAACGCUCUCGCGGAUUUUACCCGAUUCGGUUGUCGCGAGAAAAAUGUCUUGUGGGCGGACGAAAGCCACCAGCAUCGCGGAGAGUGUUUUGGCCCCCAAGUCGCGGGAGCUUUUGCUGAAGGACUUGGAGGUUGCGCCUUUUUUCUCCAUUGCAUCGGAUGCCUCCAACAAGAGGAAUAAGAAAUUUUUCCCAGUCACUGUGCGUUACUUUUCUGUGACAGAGGGAAUUAAGCAUGGCCUGCUCGAUUUUUACAACGAAUUGACAAGCGAUUCAAUUGCAACGCGGAUCGCCAUUAUUCUACAGGAGAAUGGUCUCAGCGUGAGCCGAGUGGCGUCUUACAUGAUCGACAAUGCCUCCGUGGAUUUUGCAAAACACUGGGCGGUGUUCCAGGACCUCAAGCAGCUUAAUGAUGGACUGUUACAAGUGGGGUGUAUCGGCCGCAUCAUCCACAACUGUCUCAAAAAGGGGAUGAGGGCACUGAGCUUUGACGUAGAAACACUAAUUUUCAAGAUAUACAGCGAGUUUUCAUCCUCACCCAAAAAGACAGAGUCUCUUACGUCAUUUUUUGAGUUUGUGGAAACAGACUACAAAGAUGUGCUUCAGCAUGUAUCGACAGGAUGGCUUGCCCUUCUGCCCGCCAUUGACCGAGUCCUCGAAAACUGGUCAGUGUUGAGGGCGUACUUCUUGUCAGAGGGGGACGAAGAAUGCGUGAAGAUCGUGUGGGAAGCAUUCAAUGCGGAAGAGCAUGAGUCUCUCCCUCUUUGUUACGUUCACUUUGUGCACAACCUGAUGAGAAUAUUUUCUGAUGCUGUGAAAAAAAUGGAGUGUGACCAUGUCGGCAGCACAGAACUGCACGGUGUCCUGGAAGGCCUCCAUUGCAAGCUGAAGAGAAGAAGAGAGGACAAAUUCUACGGAAGAUCCGCCCAAGUCAUUUUGGGCAAUGUCUCUGUCUUUGACAACCAGAAGUUCACUGAGGAAGCAGAGAACAUGUUGACGCAGUGCAUUGCGUUCCUGGAGGAGUGUUACAGUUUCAAAGGAGCCGUUUUUGAACCGAUGGCCGUGCUCUCACUCAACAAUGAAGUCAAGUGGUCUGAUUUGGUGGCUCUGGUGGCAGCCCUCCGCAUUGAGAUAGACAUCGACCAGCUCUACAAUGAGUAUUGCGUUCUGCAGAAGUUCAGAGAAGAGAUUGUCUCCAAGGAGCAGAAAAUAGAUCAGCGGUGGGUGAAGGUUUUCCGGCAUAUCCCGGAGCGUGCGGACAGCCAACUGCUGAAGCUGGUCUCCUUUGUGCUUUCCAUUCCUGUGUCCAACACCUUCUGCGAGAAGAUCUACAGUCUCAUGGCACAGCUGUGGAGCAAGGACAGAAACAGACUGAGCGACAGUGUGGUGAAAGCAGAGCUGCAGGUGCAGCUGAACUUCAAUAUUUCCUGCGCAGACUUCCACGAGUUCCUGUACAGGAACCCAGAGUUACUUAGAGCAGCAAGGGGCCAGCAGAAAUACAGGUUUAAAAAGGAAGAACCAGAGGGUGCCGCCUUUCCCUUGGCGAUCCAGUUUUAAGAAAGACUGUGGCAAACCAGGGGGACACCAAGGAAAGGGAGCAACUGGAAGACAGCGUGGUGGGGAUGCUCCAGAAAACUCCAAACUGGUUUGGAAGGCAUUGUUGGAGCUCGACCACUCUACGGAUGCAGCCUCUCCUGUCCUCCCCUGUUGGGUUUACUGUGCCAGUGGGUCAACUGAGUUUGAGCAGCCACUGUUGGGGAAGUUCCUUGAAGCACCGAGGUCAUCUUUGUGUUCAGAGUCCCGAUGUUAGCGCCACGGUGCAAGCCGGCCCGAAUGGCCUUCCUCGCGGCUGACUGUCAGAAGGCCUGCCGCCCGUAGCGCGGGGAGGAGCCAUUGGCUGCCUCCUUCUGCCUUCCCUUGCUGCUGGCACCCGGACCGUUGACCGCCAGAACAAAAGAAGGGAACCGAGGCCUUCACUUGCCAUCCUCUGUGUCGGACCAUUUCAGGCCAUCGGUAUCCACGCGUAGAGAGAAGUACCGAGAUCUUAUUUUAUUGUCUAUUGUUCAGUGCCAUUUUAAAACAUCAUUGUGAAUAUUCUCUCUGAUUACUGAAGGUUGUAUCUGUUUGUAUGCUUUUCUUUAAAAUGACUCGGGGAGGGGGGAGGCUUUUGACAAAACAAGGAACCUUUAGGCAAACUCAGAUUGGCUUCGGUCCUCUGGAAAGUUUCUGCUAAUGGAAGGAAGGGGGGAGGAUGGUUUUUUGCCAUUCCCCCCCCAACUCUUGCUACAGACUUCCAGCUCCCUCCUCCGACUGUCCUUGGGGAGGUGUACCCCAGGAGCAGCACUUGAGGGGUCGUUUUGGGUUUUAUUGAGAAGGGGAGAUUGGGAUCCCAAGCCAUUGUGAUA